UAAUUUGUUGUGUUUUAUAAUAUAUUUAAAAUUAUAAAUUAAUACAAAAAAUAUAAUUAAUAAAUACAAACAAUGUCUACAUUAAAUGACGUUUUCAUCGUAUCCUAUGCCCGGACACCGAUCGGAUCGUUUCAAGGCUUACUGUCCACACUGACUGCUCCUCAAUUGGGUUCAUUGGCCAUUAAGGGAGCACUGGAAAGGGCUGGUAUUACUGGUACUGAUGUCGAUGAGGUGUACUUUGGCAAUGCACUACAGGCUGGUCUGGGUCAGGCACCGGCCCGCCAGUCGGCACUGGGAGCCGGCAUAUCGAACACCACUCCCUGUACCACUGUUAACAAGAUGUGUUCAUCAAGUACUAAAGCCAUCAUAAUUGCCGCACAGACCAUACAGUGCGGCGCCAACGAUGUUGUGGUCGCUGGUGGUACCGAAUCCAUGUCCAGAGCACCCUAUUAUCUGGAUCGGGGACAAACACCGUACGGUGGCGUCACACUCAACGACAGUAUAGCAACCGAUGGACUAUUGGAUGUCUACACACAGUUGUCGAUGGGUUUGUGCGCCGAAAGUCUGGCCAAAAAGUUUCAUAUCAGCCGCGAGGAUAGCGACCAACACGCUAUUGACAGCUAUCAGCGCAGUAUUAGUUCAUCGGAAAGCGGCUUAUAUGCCAAAGAGUUAGUACCAGUGACCGUACCGGGAGUUAAAGGUCGACCCGACACUAUUGUCCAAUCGGAUGAAGAGCUAACGCGAGUUAUUUUUGACAAAAUUCCUACAUUGAAGCCAGCGUUCAGUGAUAACGGUGUCAUUACAGCGGCAACUACUGGUGCCUUUAGCGACGCCGGUGCAGCACUGGUACUAAUGUCGGCCAAAGCUGUCGAAAAGUUUGGCGUCCAACCGUUGGCUAAAAUAGUGGCCACAAGCGAUGCCGGCGUCGAUCCUAUUGACUUUGGACUGGCGCCUACCUAUGCUGUUCAAAAGCUUUUAAAAAGCGCUGGUAUUAGCCGGGAACAGGUGGCACACUAUGAACUAAACGAACCGUUUGCCUGUGUAGGAUUGUCCAAUAUAAGAGCAUUGGGAUUGGCUAAUGAUAUUCACAAAAUUAAUCCAAACGGCGGAUCGGUAGCACUGGGACAUCCGUUAGGGUUUUCCGGUGCCCGUAUUGUUGGCCAUUUGGCCAUGAAUCUCGGUGACCAUGAAUACGGUGUGGCCUCAACGUGCAACGGUGGCGGCGGUGCAUCGGCACUGUUACUACAAAAAGUUUAAUACUAAUACAAAAUGUUAUUAUUAUACAGUAUAUUGAUUGAUAGAUUAAUUAAUUAUUUUUUUUUAAAAAAAAGUAUAAUAAAACCACUA